AUGCCGUUCAGGCUGAUAUUGGCGGAAUUUGUUAUUCGUUUCGAUAUCGCUAUGAGUAUACCCUCGAUUGCGGUACCCGGCCUCCGCCUAGGUGAUCUCUCAACAUACACCUCCGGCCCAGGCACGUAUGUUCGCGACUCAUCCAUCUGUGCUUCCAUAGCCGGCCCAGUAAUCCUCAGAGACGAUGACAUCGAAACAAAUAAGCGGAAUCCUCGAAAAAUAAUCACAGUAUCCCGCUCCCCGAAAGCAGAUACAAACGGCACCCAACGGCCCCUCUCCACCCCCCACACAAAAGCACCCUUAAAAUUCAACACCUUACCCGCUGUCGACUCCAUUGUUCUGGCGCGAGUCACCCGUGUCCAAAAGCGUCAGGCAACAGUCUCCAUCCUCAUGGUCGUAGACGAUCAAAACAAUGAUCUAAUAGACCAAGACAUGCGCACAAUCCUCUCUUCAGCACCGAUAAUCACCACCGCCGGAACAGACAGUACGAGCACAAGCAACACUGCAGAUGAUCUACGGUUCCAAGCUAUUAUUCGGAAAGAAGAUGUUCGUGCAGUUGAAAAGGACCGGGUGGUGAUGGAAGAUAUGUUUCGGGUUGGAGAUAUAGUGCGAGCUUACGUUAUUUCUGUCGGUGACCAGAGUUCAUAUUAUUGCUCUACGGCUAGGAAUGAGCUUGGUGUCGUUAUGGCGAGGAGUGAGGGCGGGAAUAUGAUGUUUCCUGUUAGUUGGAAGGAGAUGAGGGAUCCGGUCAGUGGGGUUGGAGAGGCAAGGAAGGUUGCGAAGCCGUUUUGA